AGAAAAUACAACAAUGAAUGCAUAAAUACGAAUCUUCGUGUAGGUUCUAUGUUUAAAUAAUAUUUGAAAGAGAAGUUACGCAACUUUCAUAGUUUAUGCUCGCACGUCGCGUGGAUCGUCUCUCUGUGGGGUCGUCAAAAACGCGAGCAUUACAGUUGGCUAGCAGAUUAAGUACUGAUAAAGCUUUUUCUGGCCAUGGCGUUAAUUUCUGGAAAAGUAAUUUUCAGUCCUGUGCUCAAACAAACCGUUAGGCAGCUGUUUCACAUCGACCAUAUCGUUAAACACCAAGGAAACUUUUUGCCUGGUCAGUUAUGCGUUGGAUCUUUUUUACCAUACGUGAAUACACAGAGAUUUUAUGCAGAAAAGAAAAUAUUUUCGAGGGCCAAACCACAUUGUAAUGUUGGAACAAUAGGUCAUGUUGACCAUGGAAAAACAACAUUAACCGCAGCAAUUACCAAAGUUCUAUCAGAAAAGGAAUUAGCACAGAUGAAACAGUACGCUGAAAUCGAUAAUGCGCCGGAGGAAAGAGCACGUGGCAUUACUAUCAAUGUGGCUCACGUCGAGUAUCAGACAGACAACCGUCAUUAUGGGCACACAGAUUGUCCAGGGCAUGCGGAUUACAUUAAAAACAUGAUCACUGGUACAGCACAAAUGGAUGGAGCUAUCCUUGUAGUUGCUGCCACGGACGGUACUAUGCCACAAACUAGGGAACAUUUGGUUCUUGCUAAACAAAUUGGUAUUCAGCAUGUUAUUGUUUUUAUCAACAAGGUUGACGCAGCGGACGACGAGAUGAUAGAGUUAGUAGAAAUGGAAAUUCGGGAAUUGCUUUCCGAAAUGGGUUACGACGGAUUGAAUACACCUAUCGUCAAAGGUAGCGCGCUUUGUGCUUUGGAAGGGAACAAACCCGAAAUUGGAAAGGACGCUAUAUUUAAGUUACUAGAAGCUGUAGAUAAAUACAUACCGACUCCAGUCAGAGAGUUGGAUAAACCUUUCUUGCUACCGAUAGAAAAUGUUUAUUCGAUUCCCGGUAGAGGAACAGUAGCCACGGGUAGAUUGGAGCGCGGUAAAAUAAUGAAGGGCAAUGAGUGUGAAAUAUUAGGUCACAACAAAGUUUUGAAGAGCACGAUAACAGGCAUAGAAAUGUUCCAUCAAAUACUGGAAGAGGCACAGGCUGGUGACCAGCUGGGCGCUUUACUUCGAGGCUUGAAGAGGGACGACCUUCGAAGAGGCAUGGUAAUAUGCAAGCCUGGUUCGAUGAAGGCUUUCGAUCAUUUCGAAUGUCAGAUAUACAUGCUCACCACCGCGGAAGGAGGAAGAAAGAAACCCAUCCAUGAUCGUAUUCAAACUCAAAUGUUUUGUAAAACGUGGGACGUCGCAACGCAAAUUAAUUUAGUCAACAAAAAUUUAGUCAUGCCCGGAGAGGAUUUCACAGCCGUAGCGAAAAUAAUAAGGCCGAUGGUUUGCGAAAAGGGUCAACGAUUCACAUUACGGGAUGGACAUGUAACUUUGGCAACUGGGGUGAUCACAAAAUUAUUGAUACCGCUCACCGAGAAUGAACGAACGGCACUUCUCGAAGGUAAAAAGAAAAAUAAGAAAGAAAAGUUGCAAGCUUAAUUCGCCGAAUUGUUGCAUUUGUUGCGCGCAAAAGGCAACACACGAUUUAUUAAUAAGUAGUAUAUUACCGGAAAGAAAAAGACGUGAAUUUCAAUUGCAAUAAGGAGUUUAGUAUUAAUUUCAUACGCGUAUGCAUUUUCCUACAAAUGUACUGCAGUUUUUCUUUUCGAUCAAUUAUAAAGUGAUUUUAAACAUUACGUAAUUUUCUAUUAAAUAACAUGUUAUUGUAAAUAUGUGUUUAUUUCGAUGCUAUGUUUUAAAUAUAUGCAAUUAAAAGUCAUCCCUUAUAAAUAUCAUUUAAUAAACUUGUACAAAAUGUUUUUUCAAUUUAUUGCCACCGGAAUGAUUGAUUUUACAUGUCUACGACGCAAACUUGUGUUUUCCCCUUCGCUUUGUUUAACCGAAGUCUCACCGAAGUAUACAAGACAAACGUAACGUUACGCGCGUAUGUGAACGUUCCAGAAAUGUUGUAACUUCGAAAACAGUUCAAGGACGAUUUAUUGAAUCCAAUACAUCAUUGGUACAAGCCGCUUCAAGCAGGAACAAUGAAGCACACAAUACGUAGUGCUUCACUCGCGUUUCUGCCAUUUGCUUUAAUCGAUAAAAGUACCGUGGGUAGUUGUGUACACUUUUUCACUGUGCACUCGGCGUAUUUUCAUCAGCAACAAACCGGGGAAAGUAAGGAAAGGGACGUAUGUACCGCUCUGGCCUCUUAACGAAACGAAUGUUUUUGUAUAGAAAAGAAAAACACUGUUUAUAUAAUUUAAGUCGAACAAAUCAUACAUUCACCUUCGCUUAUAAA